AUAUUCAUGAGCCAAACCUUGGCCAUAGUAGAAUUUGCAAUUCCGCUCUCCACCCGUCAGUUGCGGGAUAGGCAAACCGUCGGAAGUUUGUGGGAGAUGGGCUGAAAAGUCCAGCACAGGCAGACCGAAAACUGAUGCACAGGAGUUUCACAGCUGCUUAGAAGUGUGGUAAUGCUUAGUCUCAGAAAUGCCGUACGUAGAUCGUCAGAACCGGAUAUGUGGCUUUUUAGACAUCGAGGAAAUGGAGAACAGUGGCAAGUUUUUACGACGCUACUUCAUUCUGGACACGAUGGACAGCAGCCUGAUGUGGUUCAUGGAUAACCCUCAGAAUCUUCCAGAAGGAACGUCCAAUGUCGGCUCAAUCAAACUAACAUACAUAUCCAAGGUUAGCGAUGCCACCAAAUUGCGACCAAAGGCAGAGUUCUGCUUCGUGAUCAACGCUGGAAUGAGGAAGUUUUACUUGCAGGCCAAUGAUAAGCAAGAUUUAGUGGAGUGGGUCAGUGAGCUGAACAAAGCCACCAAAAUCACAGUGCCAAAGUCAGGCGAGCAGGUGGCUCCAAAUACAGCAGAAGCCUGUGUGGACACGUCCUCCAGUGCCACCAAACAAGUGUCCUACAAGACGGAGAUCGUCGCAGGAGUGCCCAUUAUCACAACCACACAGGAAAAGGGUGAAGGUCAGAAUGGUGCAGACAAGAGUGGACUAAGGAAACCUCCUGGUCAACUGCCAUAUUACCUGAGCCGCAGUAACCAAGACCAGUCGGUCAUUAAAACUGGAUAUUGUGUCAAACAGGGAGCUGUGAUGAAGAACUGGAAGAGGAGAUACUUCAUGCUGGAUGACAAUGCACUCAGCUACUUCAAAACAGACAUGGAGCGAGAGCCAUUAAAGGUUAUCCUUCUGAAAGAAGUGAACAAGGUGCAGGAGUGUAAACAAAGUGACUUGAUGAUGAGGGACAAUCUUUUUGAACUGGUUACUACCACGAGAACUUUCUACAUUCAGUCUGACAGCCCUGAAGAGAUGCACGGCUGGAUAAAGGCUAUCUCUGGGGCCAUAGUGGCCCAGCGGGGUCCUGGACGCUCAGCAGCAUCUAUGCGUCAGGCCAGGCGGCUCUCAAACCCUUGUAUACAGAGGUAUACAUCCUGCAAUGGUGAAUGCAGCACGUAUGUGUUGAGAUUGAACCCUUUGGCCCUUUUUCUUUUACACUUAGCUCCCUGCUUAGAAAUUAGAAGGCCUGCAGUCCUUUUAGUACAUCUGAGCAGGGUAUAGAGCUGCUUCACCUAAACAAUACAACCCAAGCCAACUAAAACCACCCCUUAUGUCAUGCUAUAAAUAAGGGGUCACCAAUCUCGGUCCAGGAGGGCCGGUGUCCCUGCAG